AUAAAUGGCAUCUUUAAAAGCUUUCUUUCACAGCAAGGUAUCCCUGUCCGUCCUGCCAUCAGAAUAUUACCAACAAUUCAAGCUUUUUUAUAAAUCCAUAGUCAGCCUGAGCACCUUUGAUAUUGGAGCACUGAUCCAGAUCCUUGAGAUUUCAAAGGAAAAGGUAGAUUUUGAGACUUAUAUUUACAAUAUAAUUACUGCAUUUACUGUAAUCACCAGGAAGAUGCAACAGAGUGCGGAGGAGACUAAGAAGGAAGAGACCGCGAAGAAGUCGCCAGAGAUCACCCUGAUACAUUACUCCUAUUUGCUAGCAGGCUUGCAUUUUAUGAUAGUCAAUCGGAAAACACCUACUUUGACAAGCAUGUGAGCUCAUGAUUCCCAUGAUGCAGAUAUGAUAGCCAGCUGCAAGUAUUGUAAGCCUGACUUUAAAGCAAAGGUGAAAGUCAAGGUUGUUUUCACUUAUCUGAAAAGCUUAAUCCCUUCUAGUAAGAAGAAUUCAGAAUUGCUCGAUGUAUAUCUUCAGAAGUUGGAAACUAUCAUUGAAGGAUUGCCAAAGAGAGGCAAGUUGGAGAAAGUGCCAAUAUCCUCCCUCCCGUUCCCAGAGAGAGUGUUCGUGAGCACACUUCUGAUCUUUCUGCAGGAGCUCUGCCUCAUUGCCCCACUUGAACUAAGCGAUAAGAAGAAAAUGAAGAUGCUUAAUAAAGUUAAAAAUGUGAAUACACAAGUGGUAAAACUACUUGAGAAAUUUUUUGUAAUAGAAAACAUCGAGGUUUUACCAAAGGAUAUUCUCAAAAUUCAAGAUGAGCAGUGAAUAAAUCUGGAUUACAUCGAAGCAAUUUUCAAGGCUCAAAAGUAUCCAGCCGACUGCACUCAGAACCAUGUUAUUGAUAGCCUGCUGCGGUUGGAUCACAUCUCUUUUGAUGUGAAUACAAAGAGCAUUCAGAAGUAUUAUUUCGACCAGAUUCACUUCUCGAAUUUCUUUAAGAUCUACCUGGAGAGGUGCAUUAGUUCUCUGUACAAGAAGGGGAAAGGCAAGCAGGAAGUAUUCAGGGACAACAGUAUCCAUGUCAAACUCAUCAAACGUUACUUUGCAUGAUUUGCAAACUUUUUCAGGGGAAUCGUCAUGGAUACUCCUUUAGAGAAAAUGAUCAAAAUUUUGAAGAAUUUUAACGCUGCCAAUAUGAUGAACGAAGCAAAGUGUGAACCUAUUCGAGAUGCUAUAGUUGAAGGGUAUGAGAUGAUCCUUGAAAACAUAAGCCUGAUCCCAGACCACCUUCUUGAAUGUAUCUAUACUAUCUACGAAACUGUGAAUCAUUACUACUAUGAAGAGGAUGAUCCAAGCUCGACCGCUAGAAUCAAGAAGAUUUUACCGAUUAUCAACAUAAUGUUCAUGAGGUUUUUGUUCUCCCCUGAUAUUAUUGACAUGCAUUCGUACAAGACCAAGGAGGUUGUAAUGAUGCAGGUAGUCCAGCUGAUGUCUAAAGCAUUCAAUAACAUCACUUUCGGCAAGAUCUUCGCUGAGAAUACCGAGUAUGGACUUCACUUAAUAAACCACCAUAUCUGUCAGGAACUGUUAUUCGAGAAGAACGCUGAGGUCAGGCUCAGGGCCUACAGCCAGCCGAAUUCCCUUCUCUAUGUCGACUAUGCAGUAGUCAAGGAAUACAUGAACGGUAAUGCCAGCAUUGAAGAGUACCAUGACAGCAAAGAGGAGGAGUUCAAGUUUUUCGAUGAGCCCGAAGAGGAAGAAAAGAAAGACAAUUUACUUGAUACAGCAGAAGAUGAAGAAGGCAAAGAGGGAGAAGAUGAAGAAGUUCAAGAGCAAGAGUUUGAAGAGAGAGGCAUCAAUUUCCCAAGGCCUGUGAGCGUGGUGGUUGGCUCUGGAGCUGUGGAUAAGAGCGAGCACCUGGAGUUUGACCUUGAUAGGCUGAAGUCAGGGACAAAUUAUAUGAAGUACACCAACCAAGCUUAUUUGGACAAAGUGCAUUCUAUUAUUCCAAUAGAGAACCGAAUAUACAAGGCCAAGAAUACCUCUAUUGACAUCUGAGUCACUGAUACCUUGAUUACAGCUCAGAGAAAGCUGAAUAAUGAUGGUAAAUCAAAGAAAUCUACUCUUUCCAGAAGCAACUCGAUGAGCUUUGAUGAACUAGUGAAGGUAAAUGCACACAUCGAAGUUCUGAAGGAUAAGAAUAAGGGUAAAACACCUGUUGACAUCCCUAUCACUCUGUAUUCGAGCAAAGCUCUAGAAUCUCUAAAUCCUGACGUUCUUGGAGUUACUGAGUAAGGAAGGGAGGGCUUUAAUUAUCAACUUUCUUGUAAACAUUU